GAUAGGCGAGAUUCUAGCCCUCCAUUCUUUUAGAAGAAAGAAAACCGCGAAGCUAUGUAUCCGUUAAACCAUUCGAACCGAAAAAUCUUGGUCGCAUCGUCUUCUCGCGAAGCCCUAAGGACGUGUGCUAGGGUUUCUCGAUUCUCCGCCCAGGUAUGAUCGCGAUGAUCCCUCCAUCGCUCGCUGGAUUCCACCGCUGGUGCGAUUGGCGGAUCGCGCGCUAGAGCGGCCGCGAUUGUUUCGCAGGGCAGAGAAUGCGGGUGGGGGAUUAGCUCUCCUUGGAUUGAGGCAGUGCCAGGGAAGGAUGCCAGGGUGAAGAUUAUGGCCAAUGGUCGGGGGCUGAUUGAUAUCCAGGAUCUGUGCUCCAGUGCAGCUUCUCGCGCUCAGGGAUUUGCUGCCAGUUCCUUCAAAUGCAUCGUGGCUCAUGUCAAGCGCCCGCGAUGCCUGGCGUCUUUCCUGGCCUGGAACCUGGGAUUGACGGCGCUGGAGAUCGCGCUCGGGGCAGCAACGUUUGAGAUGUCGGCACCACCGCUCCAGAAGCAAAUCGUCAAGGUGAUCGUCUUCCCACUCUAUCUCCCGCAUGCGGUGGGCUUCGCAGUGGCUUGCAAGAAAGGAUGCUUCGUUCUCCUGGGAAACUUUGCUGGGCUCUUCGGCGUCAGGCUCUACUUCACGGACAGGGGCGUGGAAGGCCUGAAUUUCUUGAAGUCGGUGGUUCUUUUGGGGGCUGCUACUCUCAGGACGCUCGAGGUCCACUUUUGCAGCUGGAUGGUGCGUAGAUUUUUGUGCUCCGAGACCAGGCUGAUACCGACGAUCGAAUCACUUGGGGAUGCUCUGUGGUACUUCCUCGUCACCUGCUUUCUCUCGGCACCUUUCGAGGCAACCAUAGCUUUGAUCGAGUGUGUCGGGCGCAUGGUGCCGUGGAAGGAGUUUACAAUCUGCUGGGCGACAUGGUGGCUGGGUGUGGUAGCUGCCUCCAUCACGGUGUCACCUUUCGUUCUCCACUGCUUCGUGUGGCAGCCCAAGCCGGGGAUGUUUAGGCCGGGGAAGAUUGUGGAGAUUUUUUUGGUCGGGUUCAUCACCGUGCUGCUGCUGAUAACAGUCUACACGCUCGUCAUUCCUACGUACGUGAAGCCACUGCCUUAUCUUCUCUUUCCAGUCAUCGUCUACAGUGCUUUCCGCUUCAACCGGAUGGGAUGGGCCUUCAUCUUGUGCGGGAUCUCCCUUUUUUGCACUUGGUCGACCGUGAAAAAGAAGGGUGCUCUCUACAAUAUCUCUGGAGGUGGCCCAACUGUGGAACCGCGGAUUGUCAUGCAGGUAGAGCUUUUUGUAUCUGUUAGCUCAGCUGUAGCUGUGUCACUUGCGGCUGCUGUCAGGGAGAAGCAUCAAUUAGCUAAAAAGCUUGAGAAGCUCAAUGAGGAGCUUGAAAGUUUAGUGCUCCAGAGAACGCAUCAGCUCGUCAAGGCAAAUGAGGAGUUACAGACGUCGAAGCAAGCAGCAGAACUGGCGAGCCAAGCCAAGUCGGAUUUCCUUGCCAACAUGAGUCAUGAGAUCAGAACUCCUAUUCACGGAAUACUUGGAAUGUCAGCGUUGGUGCUUGGAACUUCUCUCACAGAUGAGCAGAAGGAGAACAUGACCACCGUCAGCGAGUGUGCCGAGUUGCUCCUGCAUAUCAUCAACAGCAUUUUGGACCUGGGGAAAAUCGAGGCUGGCCGUUUUGAAGUGGAGUUGAUAUCUUUUAAUCUUCAUCACGUCCUGAAGAGCACUGUGCACAUUCUACAGCCGCGUGCGCAGGCACACAACCUUCGGCUGAGCUAUGAAAUCGACAGCGCUGUGCCCGAGUUUCUGGUCGGGGACUCGGGAAAGUUGAGGCAGUGCCUGUUAAACUUAGUUGGAAAUGCUCUGAAAUUCACACCCGAGGGCGAGGUCCGAGUUGAGGUUUCGGUUCACAGGUUCGGAAUGCAAGACGAUUCGGUUCUCAUUCUUUACAAGAUAUCGGAUAGUGGGAUUGGCAUCAGCAAAAACAAGCUCAAGGAUGUCUUCAAGCCCUUCACUCAAGCGGAUGCUUCGAUUUCUCGCUUAUAUGGUGGAACAGGACUCGGUCUCUGCGUGGUACAAAGAUUUGUAGAGCUGAUGGGAGGUCACAUACUGGUGGAAAGCGAAUAUGGAAAAGGCAGUAGUUUUUACAUCGUUUUGCCUUACCUCUUGAACAAGGAGGGCGCUGCCCAGGAAGAGCCGAGACUACGCAGGGAAAACCUCGUCAAGGACCCGAGCAUUGUACAAGCAGCAGAAAUAUCGGUUGACUUAACCAAGCGCAUACUCUUGGUGGAGGACAACCUUGUGAAUCAGAAGGUUGCGUCUAGACUCCUCCAAAAGCAUGGCCACAUUGUGACCGUUGUGGGGGAUGGAGUCCAAGCGAUAGCGGCCGUGGACGCAAACCGGGACAACAUUGAUUUGAUCCUCAUGGACAUCCAGAUGCCGAUCAUGGAUGGAUUGGAAGCAACUCGUAGAAUACGGGAACAGGAAGCCAGGGAUGGUCUGAGAAAAAUGCCCAUAAUCGGGUUAACAGCGCAUGCCAUGCGUGGAUACGAGGAUACAUGUUUUUCAGCGGGAAUGGACAGUUACAUGGGGAAGCCUUUUGAGAUUCGCAAGCUUUUAGCUGCCAUCGAGAUGGUUGCCACUGGCAAGCAAGAAAUCCACAUCGACGUUCCGGAAGAAUAAGUUUCGAGGAAGCC